AUGAUCUCGUUUCCAAAGUUUGGCCAAUACACCAGCCAGUCAUAUACAAACCACCAAUCACCUCCAACGUCAUCAACAAGAAGGCUGACCUCAUCUUCAUUAUCGACAACAUCAACAACAUCGUCCAGCAGCCCCUCGUUCAAACCAACAAAACUGCGGAAACUGAAGAAACUGAUCCUCAUGGCAUUACUAUACUACAACAAUACCGAUUCUUUUUCUAGGAACUUUGAUCUGCCAUUCACCAACGUCUACGAGUUCAGUCAUUUUUACAAACUCAUCAUUCCUUGGGACCAGUUACUGCCAAUAGACCCCAAUUAUGACCUUGGGCCAGCCAAUUUCCCCAAUGAAAAAUAUAUUUCCAAAUACUUUGAGAAAUUAGGUCUUGAUAUCAAAGGUCAAGAUAUCCACAGGCCUUAUGAAUUUGGUUAUUUCAAGUUGAUGAUCCCAUCUGACUGUCAUAAUUACAACCUUUCCAUUAAAAACUAUUCCAAAAAAGAUCGGCGGCGGAACUCGUUGCAAUUAAAGUACCAAGAAGACCAUGAUUACUCAGACGAAUCAGGACUCGUCAUUUUAGACGAUAACUGUUUUAACUGUGAACCGCAACUAAAGUCCCCACUAAGAAAAGCCACCCCGACUUUUAAUCCUAAAUUGAAGUUGAAGUACGGUGCCAAAUGCGGAUACUGCUCGAAAUUCGUACCUUUGGUAAAUGAAUCAGCAGAAGGUGGGUUCUUAUCGUACCUUGAUUAUUUCCGUCAUUGGAUGCUGGAUCAUUUUCAUGUCGAUACUUUAUAA